AAUGAUCCGUUCAUGUGUGAGGCAAGGGAUGGACAUAGCGAUCAUAGAAGAUGGAAAUAGCACUAGAAGAGGCGGCAGUUAGCCUAGUGGUUAGAGCAUUGGGUAACCGAAAGGUUGCUAGAUCGAAUCCCCGAGCUGACAAGGCGUUUUGGGUAUCCUCAUGCUCUCGGUUUUGUGCCCAUAGCCUUAAUAUAUCAGUUCUUAGCGAAUAAACCAUUUCCAAAGGCGCGUAAUGCUUGAUGCGCAGGAAUCCCGAAAAAUCCCUAGUAGUUGAUUGGCUGCUGGGCUCUGACUCUUUUUGGGGUGGACCUGUUUGAUAAAAGAACCAUUUUCAAGAGUCUGGAGUAAUACAGAGUGGUUCGUGCACCGGGGACCGACCUGCGAGCCGCUAAAAAUAGGGAAUACUAUCGAAGACACCAUGACAGGUAAACAAGGAGCUGUGCUAUCUGAAACGCUGAAUAUAUCCAAAACGUCCACUCUCGGUGCUAACGGAGGUAACAGUCUGCACCAACAAUCAAAGAACAGCGCCACGCACCCUCCCAGAUGCACGGGAUUCGGGAUCCAGGAAAUUUUAGGGCUGAAUAAAGACUCUUCGGCGGUCCCGAGGAGCACCCUGCAGUCUCUGCCAUCUGGGGCGCACCUGCUUGCCGCCAGGUCAAUGCUUGGUACCGCUGGUGUCGGAGUUGGGAUGGGAUUAAUCGGGCCUGGAGGGAUUCCGUCGUUCUACAGCCAACCAGCGUUUUUGGAGGUCCUGCAGGAUGCGCAGAACGUUCACUUGCAGCCCCACAAUAGAACUGUGGGACCUCUGGACCACAGCCAGUCCGCCAGUUCGGACUCGGAAGAUUUUUCGUCAAACGAACGAAAACUCUCAAAGACCUCAUUAAGCCAGAGCAAGAAACGGAAGAAAAGACGGCACCGAACCAUAUUCACAUCUUACCAGCUCGAGGAAUUGGAGAAGGCCUUUAACGAAGCCCACUACCCUGAUGUGUAUGCACGGGAGAUGCUGGCCAUGAAAACAGAGCUUCCUGAGGACAGAAUACAGGUCUGGUUUCAGAACCGCAGGGCCAAAUGGAGGAAGAGGGAGAAGUGCUGGGGACGCAGCAGUGUGAUGGCAGAGUAUGGGCUGUAUGGAGCCAUGGUCCGUCACUCCAUCCCCCUACCGGAUUCCAUCCUCAAGUCUGCCAAGGAUGGCAUCAUGGACUCUUGUGCCCCAUGGCUGCUUGUUGAAGAUGGCUUUCCAAUCAGCAGACGCUUUUCUAAAUCCGAAUACCCCCAAUUCUUUACAGGGAUGCACAAAAAGUCCAUGGAGACCACGGUCGUCCAGCCAACAGGGAAGUUCGACAUACCCCAGCAGCCAGCCAUUCAGAGAGGAGAAGAAUGUGACGUGGAGGAGAAAAGGCCGGAGGGCAAGUCACCCAUCUCCAAAGAGGAACUGAGGGAGAACAGCAUCGCAGCCCUCAGGGCAAAAGCACAGGAGCACAGUGCCAAGGUGCUCGGGACUGUUACAUGUGAGAGACCAGAGAGCAAAGUGGAGAGACAGGCAGCAGAGGAAAAAUCUAGUGGCCCUUUGAGUCCAGUGGAAGAGCCCAAGAGUCCAUAGACCCUCACUUUGUAAAGACUUUGCAGUUCUCUUGACUGUUCUCUAAACGUCUGUAUGGACUCAACUAGAUCUAUCAGUUUUAUUCAGUGUUCCCUGAGGUUUUUACAUGUUGAACUCAUCCUAGAUCUCUAUUAUGCUGUUUUAAAAUGACCUUAUUUAAACUGGUCUUCCUAUUGGAGAGAUAAGAUAACUGAAUUUGUCUCUUAUUGACUAAGAAAAACACCAAUGCACUUUCUGUCUUUCUUACUCCCCGACAUUCAUACAUAUAUUGUUGCUUAUAUAUUGUUAAAACGUGUUUAAUAUGGGGGUUAACACUACAUACAUAUGUAUAUUGCUGACAACCCCUAUAACUAGAAGAUACCCACUUUACAAAUGUCUCUCAUUGAAUGUUCUUAAACUACUCAUUCAGUAUGCAAAGUGCAUACUUGUGUUUGUUAGAAUGAGCCAAUUAGGACAUUUGUUGAUAUAUAAGUAGCCAAUCUUUGAAAGUAUACUGUAUAUUGAAUUCACAGCAUCCAUAAUAUUGAUGCUGACUAUGUUUCUUGUAUAGUCGCUCCCUGAAGACUCAUAUUCAAGAUUUUUCUUUGGGAUGAUGAUGUAUGAAAGGGAAAACUAUUUUCUCUUAAUUAAGAGGAACACAACAAUUAAAAAGUUAUCUUACCUUGUUAUUAUGCUGUAUAUAAUAAAGAUAAAGAAAGAUAGCUCACAAAGGCACUGUUAAAACAUAA